UCACCCAGAAAUCUGUGUGGUUCUGCAUCGCAGUUCAGUAAAAUUGAGCCGCCAUCUUGGUUAACGAGCACAGAGCAAAGCAUAGAUAAAGGAUGGCUUGAAGACCAACAAAAAGAAAAUAUAUUUGCACUCUUGACCAAUCCGUAAGAGACAUGUAAAGGAGGCAUGUCAGACGAUGUGGACAAGCUAACUCCGAUCUCAUAUUAUGACACAGUUCACGAGGACUGCAUAUAUCAUGGAGGAACUUCGCGGUCUGAAAUCUUUGGAUGCAUAAAAUCGGCUUUAUGAAGGACGUACGACCACUUCACGUCUGUAACAAGGUUCUGGUGACUGGCAGACGUCCUGGCAUGCCGUCUGGAGCGAGGAUGCCCCACCAAGGAGCUCCCAUGGGACCCCCUGGCCCCCCAUAUGGAGGGAGUCCGGCAGUGCGGCCCGGCCUGCCCUCCCCGGUGAUGGAGCCGAGUCGUAAACGGCCCGCCCCGUCCCAGCAGGUCCAGCAGCAACAGCAGCAGCAGCAACAACAACAGCAGCAGCAGACCGUGCAGAACCGUGCCAGAAAGAAGCCAGUUGGAUUUCCCGGAGCCAGCGAGAUGCCAGCGAGGCAGAUGGACAUGAGAGAACCCCAAUCAGAUCCCACGCUUGGAUCAAAUGCUAAGAGAAGGAAAAUGGCAGACAAGAUUCUUCCGCAAAGGAUCCGGGAACUGGUACCUGAAUCUCAGGCCUACAUGGAUCUACUGGCUUUUGAGCGCAAACUGGACCAAACCAUUAUGCGUAAACGCGUCGACAUCCAGGAAGCUCUGAAGAGACCAAUGAAGCAGCAAAAGCGUAAACUAAGGCUCUAUAUUUCAAACACGUUCAACCCAGCUCGACCUGACGCUGAUGACUCUGAUGGCAGCAUUGCAUCAUGGGAGCUGAGGGUAGAGGGAAAGCUGCUGGAUGAUCCGGGGAAGCAGAAGAAGAAGUUUUCUUCCUUUUUUAAGAGCUUGGUGAUCGAGCUGGACAAAGAGCUGUACGGUCCGGACAACCACCUGGUCGAGUGGCACCGCACACCCACCACUCAGGAGACAGACGGUUUCCAGGUGAAGAGACCGGGAGAUGUGAGCGUGCGCUGCACCCUGCUGCUGAUGCUGGACUACCAGCCUCCCCAGUUUAAGCUGGACUUGCGCCUGGCGCGCCUACUGGGCAUCCACACUCAGACUCGCUCUUGCAUCAUUCAGGCCCUCUGGCAGUACGUGAAGACCAACAAGCUGCAGGACUCGCAUGACAAAGAGUACAUUAACUGUGACAAGUACUUCCAACAGAUUUUUGACUGUCCUCGCUUGAAGUUCUCUGAGAUUCCUCAGCGCCUCACUAACCUCCUGCUACCGCCUGACCCCAUUGUCAUCAACCAUGUGAUCAGCGUUGACCCCAACGACCAGAAGAAGACGGCCUGCUACGACAUUGACGUGGAGGUGGAAGACCCCCUCAAGAGCCAGAUGAGCAGCUUCCUCCUCUCCACCGCCAACCAGCAGGAAAUCGCCUCCCUAGACAACAAGAUCCAUGAGACCAUCGAAUCCAUCAACCAGCUGAAGAUCCAACGGGACUUCAUGCUCAGCUUCUCCAGAGAUCCCAAAGGCUACAUCCAAGACUGGCUCAAGUCCCAAAGCCGAGACCUCAAGCUGAUGACCGACGUGGUGGGGAACCCUGAGGAGGAGCGGAAGGCGGCAUUUUACCACGAACCCUGGUCCCAGGAGGCGGUCAGCCGCUACUUCUACUGCAAGAUCCAGCAGAGGAGACAGGAGCUGGAACAGGCCUUAGCAGUCCGCAACACCUAAAGCAGAAGGCUGAAGUUCUGCCUCUGGAUUUUGAAGCUGUGUGUGUGUGUGGGUGCGUGUGUGUGUGUGUGUGUGUGUUUGGAGUUUGUGUGUGUGUGUGUGUGUGUGUGAGGCCAGCAGUGAAGUCUAGAUCUUCAGCUGAACCUAAAGAAGUCCACAUUCAGUUUGUCAACAGUUUUGAAGCUAAAUAGGACUCAACAGCGGUUUGUCAGACCCAGAUAUGAAUGCACUUCCUGUUUGAAAAGACCAUGAAGUAAUUAUCGUUAGCAGCACUGUUGGCCCUCAGAGGCUCGGCUUUGUAAAUAUGUCCCGCAAAAACUGUCGACCAGCUGCUCACACACCUCCCUAUUUGUUCUCUGGAUGAGUCUAACUACGCACACUUUUUUAUUUGUCCUCAUUUGAAUCCUAUUUUUUUAAGGGUUAAUUAAUAACACCAGCAAAAUAUGAGAUUACAGUUUUCUGGGUGGCUGCAGAUUAUAAAAUAUUACGUGUUGGUUGCAUUCAUCCUUUAUCCACUAUGUUUUGUUUGCUUAAAAAAAAAAGAGAGACAGAAAAGCAAAACUAUUACAGCUAUCAGCAGUUUAUGACAGAAGUUUAUAUACACUCAUCACUGCCAUAAGAAUUAUAUUAACUUUGUUCCAUGGUGAAUAGUUUGUAUAUUAAUUUCUCCUUGGUGAACUAAUUGUUUAACAACUUUAACUUUAUAAAAACAAGAUUUGGGAAAUUUCAAGUUAAUACAAUUUUAUCUAAUUCACACAAGGUCAAAACUACACAUACAUCCUCUUAUAUGCAUACAAAUUAUACAUUUUAAAAAACCUAAAAUUAGCAUCAUGAUGAAUGUGUAUAAACGUCUGAACAGUACAGUUGCUGGAAAAAAAUAAGUUGUGACGAUCGUAUUGCUUUUUUCUUCCUUUAAUCAUGUCACUGCGGUGAAAAUAGGGGGAAAUAAUCCCUUUUGUGUGUUUUUAAGAUCAGUGCUUCGAAAGUUUUACCAAAGGAUGCUACAAAAAGAAGUAGAGAACAAAAGAAACUGGACAAAAACACAGAUCUGAGUUUUUAAAAAAUAUUAAUAACUGAACAGUGUUAGUAGUUAAGUCCAGGUCUGUUGCAUUUUACAUUUUCUGUUAUACAUGGACAGAGAAGGGAAAAAAAGAAUAAUGAAGGUUAGUUUGAUGGAGUUUUGAAUGUAAAUAUGUUUUGGUGUCCAGCUGUACAGUCCACAUCCGUUUGGAUUACAUGUUGCAGAAUGGGAGCUCCACUGGUUUUUAAUUAUUCCCGCUUUGGGGGUCGAUUUAUUUUAGUCUUACUGUGGGAGCUGUAACAAAAAUCAGUCUCGGUAGCUGCAACAGAAUAUAAUCUGCACCAAUCUCAUUUUACACGUUUUUCUAAUGACCUGUAUGUAUAUGUUGUACUGUCUAUUAGAUUAUUUGUUUUUUGAUGGGAGGGAGGGUUACUUUGCACUGUGCUGUAAACUCUUUGUCGGGACUCUCUUUAUUGUGGGUGAGACCCUCUUUAUUAUCCCAGCGUACACAAAAAUCGACCUAUGCAUGCUCCAUGACAUGGAUCAAUACAUCUGAUGAGACUGUCCGUGUAAAUAUUAAAAGGUCUGCAUACAAGUGUACGUAGCCAAGGCUAGACUCGGUAAGUUUGCUGAUAGCGCCUUCUGGAAAUUGUUUUUUGCCAAAAAAAAAAAAAAAAGAGACAAAAAAAUAACUUGUCCUACCAGCAACUAACUAACUGUAGGUGUGAGGCGUAUGUUUUCAUUACUGGGACUAGGUUAUAUUCACUGCACUCUGUAGGUAGCUGUAGCUAGGAAAUCAGUCCCUUGUCUCACCUGGAGUGUUUCUUUUUCUUCUUUUUUCUUUUUGUUUUUAUUCAUAGCAUGUCCAGGACAUUUAUAACGUUGUCACUUAAUCACUAACCCCCUCUUGUGGAGGACACCUAGAGCUGCAACUCCUCUACAACAGAGUCAUCACUACUGUAUUAGUCUGUCACCUACCUAUCCCUGUCCAUACUGUUGCAUGUGGGUCUGAGGAGUGGUAGCUACUCUCUCUUUGUUUACACUUAGGGUCACCGACAGGAGGUUAAUAAUAAUAAUAAAUAAUAAUGCUGUAUAUCUCUAAAGGGUUUCAUGAUCAUGUUCUGUAAAGAAAAAGGGGAAUACAGCUGUAACAUUGUGAGACAGCCUGGAUGUAAAUAAAGAAGCGCUUGCCAAAGUUUGUAAAUGCCA